UGGGAGAGUCAGAAGGAAGGUGGCCGCGCGAACCAGCGAUUUAUGCCAGCUCUUUAACAGCCAUGGACGGGGAAGGGUUUGGAGAACUGCUGCAGCAAGCAGAGCAACUCAAUGCAGAGACUGAGGGAGUUACAGAGCUUCCCCAUGUGGAAAGAAAUCUUCAGGAGAUCCAGCAGGCUGGAGAGAGGCUGCGUUCCAGGAACAUGACCCGCACCUCACAGGAAUCUGCUAACGUCAAAGCGUCGGUUCUCCUGGGCUCCAGAGGUUUGGACAUUUCUCACAUUUCACAGAGGUUGGAGAGUCUUAGUGCAGCUACAACGUUUGAGCCUCUUGAACCUAUAAAAGAUACUGAUAUCCAGGGAUUCCUAAAGAAUGAAAGAGAUAACCUACUUCUGGCUGCAAUUGAGGAAUCUAGAAAGAGAACAUUCGCCAUGGCCGAAGAUUACCACAGAGAGUCUAUGCUCGCGGAAUGGGAGCAAGUAAAGCAGAAAAUCUUGCACUCUCUGCUUGCUUCAGGAGAAGAUGCGUUGGACUUCACACAGGAGAGCGAGACAAGUUAUAUGAGUGAAUCCGGAGCACCCGGUCGCAGUUCUCUGGAUAGUGUGGAAAUGGCAUAUGCUCAACAGAUUUACGUAUACAAUGAGAAGGUUGUAAACAAUAAUCUGCAGACCAGUCUAGUGGACCUGUGCGUUGCAGUUGCAGAAAGAUUAGAUGACAAGAAUGUGACUGAUCUAUGGGCAAUGGUUAAACAGAUGACUGAUGUCUUUUUGGUACCAGCUGGUGACACUUUGAAAAGCCGUUGUAGUGUGCACAUGCAGAUGGCGUUUGUGCGGCAAGCUUUAAUUUACUUGGAACAGAGUUACAAGAGCUACACACUGCUGAGUGUUUUUGCGAACCUGCAGCAGGCUCAGCUAGGAGGCAUCCCUGGGACAUUCCACAUUGUGCGAAGUUUCCUUAAUAUCCGGCUGCCAGCCCCUAUCCCUGGCCUGCAGGAUGGUGAGGUGGAUGGCUAUCCCGUGUGGGCGCUGAUUUAUUACUGCAUGCGCUGCGGUGACUUAAUGGCAGCUCAGCAUGUGGUAAACCGGGCACAGCAUCAACUGGGAGAGUUUAAGAACUGGUUCCAGGAAUACGUUAAAAGUGAAGGCAGAGGAUUGUCUCCUGAUUGUGAGAAUAAAGUACGUCUUCAUUACCGAAGAGCCGUGAGAGCAAGUACCGAUCCGUACAAGAGAGCGGUGUACUGUAUCAUUGGGAGAUGUGAUAUUACUGACAACCACAGUGAGGUGGCCAGUAAAACAGAAGACUAUCUGUGGCUCAAAUUAAGUCAAGUAUGUUUUGAAGAAGACGCCAUCAAUACUCAGGACAGGCUGACGCUUCCACAGCUUCAGAAACAGCUGUUUGAGGACUAUGGAGAGUCUCAUUUUGCAUUUAAUCAGCAGCCAUUCCUCUACUUCCAAGUUCUCUUCCUGACGGCUCAGUUUGAGGCAGCCAUUGCAUUCUUAUUCCGCCUGGAACGUACACGCUGUCAUGCUGUUCAUGUAGCCCUGGCUCUCUUUGAACAGAAGCUGUUAAUAAAAUCUUCUGGGUUAAGUGCUCAGCUGGUGAGCCAGGAAGCCAAAGACUCUCCGGGUGUCCGUCGUUUGAAUUUUGUGCGUCUUUUGAUGCUUUACACUCGGAAGUUUGAACCCACAGACCCACGGGAAGCUUUAGAGUACUUCUUCUUUCUGAGAAAUGAAAAGAAUAGUCAGGGGGAGGACAUGUUCCUGCGAUGUGUCAGUGAUCUUGUGAUUGAAAGCAGAGAGUUUGACAUGCUCUUGGGCAAGCUGGAGAAGGAUGGAAGAAAGAAGCCUGGUGCCAUUGAUAAAUUCAAGAAGGAUACGGACUCCAUUACUAACUAUGUAGCAUCAGUGGCAGAAAACAAAGGUCUUUUUGAAGAAGCAGCUAAACUAUAUGACUUAGCAAAGAAUCCGGAUAAAGUUUUGGAACUGAUUAAUAAGUUACUAAGUCCUGUAGUAUCCCAGGUCAGCACGCCGCAGUCCAACAAAGACAGACUGAAAAACAUGGCUCUGUCUGUUGCCGAGAGAUACAGAACCCAAGGAAUAAGUGCGGAAAAGUCUAUUAACUCCACAUUCUAUCUGCUCCUGGACUUGAUGACAUUUUUUGAUGAGUAUCACGCUGGCCAUAUCGACCUCGCAUAUAAUAUUAUCGAGAAGUUGAAACUAGUGCCUUUUAGCCAGGACAGUGUGGAUGAGCGAGUGACUUCCUUUAGGAACUUCAGUGAUGAGAUCCGGCAUAACUUGUCUGAAGUUCUGCUUGCAACAAUGAACAUAUUAUGCACGCAGUAUAAAAGGUUAAAGGGCAGCGGGCCCUCCUCCCUUGGGCAUCCUCAGCGAGUGUUGGAGGAAAGGCAUUCUGUUCUGCGUAGUCAAGCUCGCGCUAUCAUCACAUUUGCCGGGAUGAUUCCAUACAGGAUGUCUGGCGACACAAACUCUCGACUUGUACAGAUGGAAGUUCUUAUGAACUAAAAAGCAGCUCAUUUUUUUUUUUUUUUGUUUUUUUUAUUUUCCAUAAAAAAAGUUUUGUCUAUUGACAUUAACUAUUCCUAAAUAAAACUACUUUUUUGUGUCA